UGGAUUUUAAUGCUCACACACACACACGUUCCCUGUGUGCUUGCUUUCUGCACACUUACGGAUUUUACUAAUCUUUAACAACAAACUGUCUCUAAAACUGGAGUUCGGGCUUUUGAAUAAUCUCGGCUCGCUUUAAAUAGUCAAUUAACGGGAUACUUUUAUUGGAGUCAGGUAUAGAGGAAAUCGACCUCAACAAACUUCUACGUACAGAUUUGAUCAUUUCGUUCAGUCAGAUGUUGAAGACAUGGAAACAAAAGGUGAAUAAACACAUUAAAUGAAAUAAAUACCUUAUUGAUUGAUUCAUUAACAUGUGACGUGAACAAAGUUUACACAAAGACAUAUACAUUCAGAUUACUUCAAAUUGCCGCCAAUAUUUCUAUGGAAAAAAAUAUUGAGUAUCAGCUGUCUUCAAUGUUUAAAUCGUUUUGUUUGUUAAACAUUUGAAUUAUUGAAGUGAGGACCAGCUACUACUUAAAAUGAUAUUUUCAGUAGUAAAUGACGCUUUAUUUUUUGUGGUAUUUUACAACCUAAAAAAAUCUCAUUUCAUAUAAAAUAAAAGUCAAAUUAUCAUAGCUACUCGGUUAAUUCGACAAAACAUAGUGGGAUGAAUGAUUAAACCGAAAUAAUAAUUGCUCAGAGAACCAGUGUCAUAAUCCUAACCGAAUUGAUUAUUAACAAAACAAAAGAAGAAAUUAUAAUUGAGUUUUUUCAACACUUUGAAUUAUUUGUAGGAAAUGAAGUGGAUUUGAUUGGAUUUUUAAGGUCCAACUGAUCCUGUGUUCUCAAUCUAAGGCUGAAGAAAUGAUUUAGACGAACUGAAUAUUGAUAAUUCAAUAGCAGUUUUAGCUUUUCACUGUUGGUCAAAGAUGGGAAGUAAGAUAUUUAAAAAUUAGAGAGUUAUUCUUACUAUGGGAGAGAACAAACCAGGUUCCAAAUGAAGAGGAGAUUAGGAAAAGAUACUGGGAGUGGAUAAGACAUGCAUUGUGGAAAUCACCAAACUGCAGUAUGUGGCAAGCACUAACUUGGGAAUCUGAAGGGAACGAAAAGAGGAAGAUCAAAGAACACACUGAGUUGAUAAUUGGGAGCAGACAUGAAAGGGAUGAAUAGCAACUAGAAAGAAGUGGAAAAGAUUGUCCAAGACAAAGUUCGAUGGAGAAUAGUGGUGAGCUGGCUAUGCUCCUCUAUGAGAGAAAACAGGCGUAAGUAAUAUCAUUUAAUGUUCAUAAAUUACAAGGCAAGUGAAUAUUAAUAUGUUAAUCAACUGUUUCAAAAUAUCCUAAUCAUGCACAUAGUGAGAUUUGAAAAUUAUAGUGAGCCAUGACUUUUUAUUUUGCUUAAAUAUUCACAAGUUAUGUAUCUGAAACUAGGUACUUAUUACUACUCAUAGAGUCGUUUGCCUUACCGAUUCGAGUUCUGUGUGGCUUAUAGAUCGCGUACACGGAUGCAUAACGAAAUUUGGCAGACCUGCUGCUAUCGGGGUAGGCAGGCAAAUAAUAACCACAAUUUGGCUAUGAUUUUCAAACAAUAUACUUGGUGGAAGUGUCUUAUAUGUGUAUUUUCAAACAGAUCUCUAUGUGGUUUUCUAGUUGAGUAGAGGAUAUGUAAGGAUAGGAAAAAUAAGUAAAUUUCCCUGUGACUCGAGAAAACCAAUGGCAUAUUAGAAGAUGAGCUUAUUGCAAUAGCAAAAUGAUAAUGGUGUGGAAUAUAUUACUAAAGAAGCUUUUAAAUACCUCAUUAGUUAACAUGCUCAGUUUUUUUGAAAACUGUAUGGAUUUAAGACGUCAUAACACAGUAUUACUUUGACUUCAUUCUGAAUGUGUUGAUCACUUUACCUCUAUUGCUAUUUUCAUGAAUUGUGAUGAGAUACUUGGUUACGACAUUUAUACUUCAGUACACAUUGUAUAUAAUCAAUGGCAUCUUCAAAGCGUCGAUAAACUUGAAAAUAUACUUCACAUUGAUCCUCCCUGAGGUACGGCUUUGAAUGAUGAUCAUUGUAAAAUGUUAGAAAAUUGUUACCAAAUAUUUAGUUUCGGAUCUCUUCGAAGUACUGUAUGGGUGGGAUAACUAGGAAAAUAAUAUAGAGAAUGAGCGGAGAUGAUGGAGACUAGCAGUGGAAUCCAUUUUUCGUAUUGGUUGUUUGAAUCUUCUCAUUGAUGCAAGAUUCAUGACAUAAAUGAAUGAACUAAAUGAAUUAAACUUCACCUCGUUGCGCUAGCUAGUGGCUUUCUGGUCUCAGUAGCUAAGUGGGAAAUGCGACAGAGUUUCAGGUGAACGGUACAUAGUUCGCAUCCUGGAGUGAACAUCAACUCUCAAAGCAGGUAUAUCCAACUGGCGAGUCCCAAAAUAGGACGGAGAAUGCGUCCUGGAUCCCACUGUCAGUCAUCAUUAUCUCCUCUUAUAAUGCUUGUAACUUAAGGCAAUGUCGAAACAAUCACCACAAGAUGAACAUAUGCCAAUAAGAGACUGAUCAAUUGAAGCCCUAAACAUCGAAGGGAAGACUCUAACAACCAAUAAACAAAUGAAUAUUGUGACUUUAAGUACUUCAAGAUGAUAGAGAUCUUAGUUUAGUGAUCCUUAGUGAUAUGAAUCCGAAUCAAACAGCAGAAUUACGAAUAUAGUUAUUCUGUAUAUUUUUUCUCCACUUCAACUAGAACGAAAAGUUUUUCGGGCUGGUAGAUUCUUUCUACGCUAACUAUCUAGUGCACUCACCAGGCUUUCUGUAAAUUACAAUUUAUAAAAGUGCUAAUUGUUGCAAUACUAAAGAGAGGCCACCACAGUAUUCGGUAGUUAAUCUCCUUGUCUGUCCUUUUUGGAAACCAGAGAUAAUUAAAUUGGAAUUCAUUAAACACAUUAUAAGAUGGAGUAAUGUGAAAGGUUUAAGAGUAGUCAAAAACACAGAGAAAUGCCAAAUAACCACUGUGACUAUUUUGCAGCAUCUACUUAGAGUCGUCACAAGUGAAAAUGGGAAUUUGUUACCACACUAAACAUUAACUGCGAAUACUUCUUUCAUGUAACCAAACUUAUGUUACUGAAUGGAGUGGUAAUUUUUAUAACCAACAGAUUGAUCAUCGUGUUUAUUAAAAUUCUAUGUUUCCAUCAUUUACAUUUUAAUCUUUUUAAUGGAGAUAGUUAUUCGCAUAUAAUACACACUUAUCCAAAUUACCUCUUGUAGACAUCUCUUAGAGUACACUUUUCAAGUAAAGAUUAGAUUCAAAUCAAAUUAACGUUAGCAUGACUGGCGAUAAAUCGAUGGUCAAAUUAAUCAUCAUAACUUCUAAAUUUUAUCUCUUGGUAAUAAUCUGAAACGUGGCAGAUCAAUAAAUUCAGAGUACAAAACAGUUUCAAAUAUUAUUAAACUUAAGUAAAUUAAUAAACUCAAUAAAAAAACAUUGGCUACCUGGCUGUAUUUUGCGUGGUUGCAUGAUGCUACUUAAAUGUUUUAAGUACUAAAACACAGUAUAAAUCAUUAUAUGUGAAAAUUAUAUUUGAAAUAUUCUCAGCGAUUGGAAUAUAACUAAUUCCAACGUUUCGUCCAGCUAACUUGUCUGGACUUCUUCAGGGUAAUAAUCAAAAUCAAAAUUAUCAAAGACAUAUAUAGCUUUUAACAAUCAGGAUUAUAUUGUGUUAAAACCAAUCAUAUUUGGAUGUUGAUUUUUUGUAAAAUAGGAUAAAAUGAGUCAGUUAACUACAAAUCAUGUGAAGAAUUCAACUACAUAGAAAUAAUUAACUGAGUUCUAAUCUUGACGAAUAUUCGUAUAAAUUAUUUUCCAAUCGAAUUAAAUUAUCAAAGAAAAUACAUAACUGGUACAAUCACAGGAUUUUUAACAUACGAUGCUUAAAACAAAAUGUCUUUCCAAAAUCUCUGAUGGUCAAAUCUCCGGACAAUUCUAUUCGGUCAAUCAAAGCGGCGAUAUCAGCCACUAGAACAUUUAUUAGAGAACGUAUACACAAGGCCACUAUGAAUUUGGAGGCACUACGUUCAAGGGUUUGCAAUAUCGAUGACAUAUUGUCAGUUAUCGCACCGAACGAAAUUAGAUCAUAUAUAAUUGAAUUUUUCAAACGUAGAGAACAAUUUUAUUAUCAAUCAUCAAAACAACGACAAAUUAGGAAGUUUGAAAAACUAUUGAAACAUUCAUCAAACACCAAAGUUCAACAGACGGAAAAUAGGUCUAACACACAUGAUAUCAAUAAAAUAAUUGUUAAUUUAUCGGAUAGACCUCUCAACCCACAUGAAAUAUCAUUACUUAAAAAGGGUCUCAACUUCAAUAUAAAUAGACAUAAAUUAACACCUUUCAAUGUUAUACCAACAGUAGAACCAGCUCUGAAUAUACUCCCGAAUGAUACAGCCAAUGAACUGAGGAAUAAAAUAAUGAACACAUUAUUACAUCAGAAACCUCACAACCCUAACAUAAAUAAAAAUGAAUAUUACGCACUAAAACAGCUGAGAGAGGACAAAACGAUCAUAAUAACGAGAGCAGAUAAAGGUAAUACUACAGUUAUUAUGAAUAAAACAGAGUAUGAGAAGAAAGCCAAGGAACAUCUACAAGAGGGUUCAUAUAAAAAAAUCAAAGAAGCAAAAAGUAGAACAACUCUUAACAAACUCAAGGCAGAAACUAGCAAACUCUUACAAUCAUUAAAAGUUAAGCUAGGAUCGUCCUUAUGGUUUAUGUUAUAUCCAAAGAGUUGUAACCCAUGCAGAUUUUAUGGACUACCAAAGAUCCACAAGAAUAAUACUCCACUAAGACCAGUGGUAGACUAUACAAACUCACCGACUUACAAUCUAGCUAAAUAUUUAGCUAAGAUUCUCAAACCAUAUGAAAAGCGGAUUAAUCAUGGAAUUAAAAACUCUAUGGAAUUCAAGAACUUAAUUGAUACCAUCGAUAUAGAAGAAGACGAAAUAAUGGCAAGUUUUGAUGUAUCUUCCUUAUUCACUAAUGUACCUAUCAGUCGAGCAAUGGAUGUUAUCAAUGAUUGUUUAGAAUCUGAUUUAGAUUUGGAUUUACGAUGCCCAUUAGAUCCAUCAGAGGUUAUAAAAUGCUUAGAAUUAUGUUUAAGAUCUACCUUAUUCAUAUUUCGGGGUCAACUUUACAGACAGAAAGAGGGUAUAGCAAUGGGCUCACCAGUUUCUCCGAUUGUAGCGAAUUUAUUCAUGCAUUCCUUAGAAACUAGUGCAAUCGCAAAGAGUUUAUGUCCACCAAAGUUAUGGUUAAGGUAUGUAGACGAUAUUUUUAUUAUCAAUAAACGGGAUGGUAUGGAAGAACUAUUUAACAAUGCAAACAGCAUUUCUGAAAACAUUAAACUAACUAAGGAAUUAGAAUCAGUUGACCACAAACUAGCAUUUCUAGAUUGUUUGGUUGAACGUCGACACAAUAAUAAGAAGUUAAAAAUAAAUGUUUACAGAAAAUCAACACAUUCUGAGAGAUACUUGAAUUUUAAUUCAGCCCAUUCACAGAGCACGAAAAUUAAUGUAGUGAAAAAUCUAAUGAACAGAAGUACUAAGAUUAUUACAGACAAGGAAGACCAAAGAACCGAAUUAAAUAAAGUAUUAUCUACUCUUAGGGAUAACAACUACCCAAAAAGGUUUUUAAAGAAGAUUAUUAAAAAUGAAAGAAAACCUAAACUAGAAAUUAUACGAAAAGAAUGGAAGUACACCGUAGUCAUACCUUACCGUAGUGAAACAUCAGAAGAAAUCAAACGGAUUCUAAACAAACAUGAUAUAAGAGUAUUUUAGAGAGAAUAACAUAUUAAGAUCGACAUUAGUGAAAGUUAAGGACAAAUUAGCAAAGGAAGAACAACAGAACAUUGUGUAUGAGAUUCACUGUCAUGACUGUAAUGCUACCUAUGUUGGAGAAACAUCCAGGCAAUUAAAUGUAAGAUUGAAGGAACACAAACAAUGCUUGAAAAAUGUUCCAAAAUCCUCUGUAGAUUUAAAGAAACUUGAAAAUAAGUCAGCGAUAGCGUUACAUGCGUUAGAAACAGGACACAAGAUUAAUUUCGAAGGGACCAAAAUACUUCAGAAAGGUUUUAACACCCAUAAAGAAAGAUUGACAGCAGAAGCUCUGCAUAUAUGGGCGAACAAGAACAGCCUGAACCGAAAAGAUGGUAUUCAACUGGCAACUACAUGGCAAAUUUCGUUUGACAAGUAAAUUUGGAACCUAUCUCUUGUUUAAACCUGUUUUUAAUAUCACAUGCAUCGUUAUUAUUUUUGGAAUGAAUUCAAUGAGUUUUUGAAACAAUACAAUUUAUGUUUUGACAUGCACAUCGAUCUUUCAUUAUCAAGUUUUCAUCCUUGAACUUGAACUUUAUUUAUUCCUUCAUAUCAAUCUCUCACACAUACAUACAUACAUACACACUCACACACAUACGAUUUGUUACUCAGUUAAGUAUUUCCAUGUAGUUGAAUUCAUCACAUGAUUUGUAGUUAACUGACUCAUUUUAUCCUAUUUUACAAAAAAUCAACAUCCAAAUAUGAUUGGUUUAACACAGUAUAAUCCUGAUUGUUAAAAGCUAUAUAUGUCUUUGAUAAUUUUGAUUCUGAUUAUUACCCUGAAGAAGUCCAGACAAGUUAGCUGGACGAAACGUUGGAAUUAGUUAAAUUCCAAUCGCUGAGAAUAAUUCAAAUAUAAUUUUCACAUAUAAUGACUUCUCUAUACUCGGCGCUCAAUUACUGUCAAACCAUUCGUUCUAAUCUUGACGAAUAUUCGUAUAAAUUUGUCAGUAAUAUAUUUUCUUAUUACAUUCAGACUGAACAGUGAUCACUUACAGAAGCUUCAGAGUUCAAGUUCAUUGAAGUAAUCAGCACUUCCAUCAAAUAAAUUAGUUCCUAAGUUUUUCGAAAAUUGGACAUUAUAAAUACUAAAACUAUUAGAAUGGUGAAAUAUUCUUCGAAUAAAACUUUUCAUGUUAAGAGAUUCAUCGAAUAGAAAAUAAAGAUUCAAAAUAGUUUAAUCCAGAACAACAGCUAAAUUAAAUAACUGAAGCAAUGAAUACAUGACAACCUAUGGUAACAAAAAAAUCUGUUGAAAAUAAGCAUAUCAGAUGAUUGAAAUUAUAGGUUAUUUGCAAAAUUCUAUGCAAGUUGCAAAUACAGUAAGAAGUAUAGUGUCUUUAACUAGAAAAACUAAAAUAAUAUAUUUCAAGUACGGUUAUGAUGUACUAGGUAAGGAAAAAGAAUCUUAAUUACCUACAGUUAUUACCAAAUACAAUUAGUAGAUUAAAUUAAUUAUUAACUGAACAGAAGGAAUUCUAUCAUAAUUUCUUGAUCAGUUACAUUUCGAGAUCAUAUAUACCUGUCCAACUAUCCG